GCCGGCGGUGUGCAGCGCGAUGCACUUCUAACCUCGCUUGCAAUGGCCGCGCGGGCGCAGAUGUGGGCCUCGCGGGAGCAGUUCCUGGCUUCUGCUGCAGACGCUCUGCAUUCCAAGGACUCUGCCUGCCCCUGGGAGGAGGAGAAGCCCAGAAAUCUGGGACCAGUGACAUUCGAGGAUGUGGCUGUGGUUUUCACUGAGGCAGAGUGGAAGAGACUGAGCCUUGAGCAGAGGAACCUUUACAAAGAAGUGAUGCUGGAGAAUUUCAGGAAUCUAGUCUCAUUGGCAGAAUCAAUGCCAGAAGUCCAUCCCUGGCCCUCCUGCCCUCCAGCCUUUGGCAGUCAGCAAUUUCUCAACCACGAUGGGCUCCACAGCUAUCCUAUUCCAGGUUUACGUGCAGGAAGUCAACUCCAUCCAGAGGAUCCCUGCCCAGAUGAUCAUUAUCAGCAACAACGUUCUGAUAAAAACCACUUGGGUGCUGAGGCAGAAGAUCGAGGAAUAGAAAGAGAAUGCCUUGAAAAGAGAAUUUACAAAAACAAAUAUUUGCAUAAGCCAACAAAGGAGAUGAAGAAAUAGCCAGAGAAGAAGGAAUCCAAUGGUGUGGGGAUCAGGAAGGUCAAGAGAACAGAGUGUUUCUGAAAAAUGAAGCAAUAGUGAAUGCUGUGGAGAAGUCAGAAUGAUGAAGCUUGAAAAGAAUCCCCUAAAUGUGGCAGCAUGGAGGUCAUGAUAGAAACAGUAGCUCCCCUGGAGUGGGAGGUGUGUAAGUCACACUAGAAAGGGCUGCUGAGAAAAUGGGGAUGAGCCUUUCAGUGUGGACAAUUGAUAUGGGCUUGGCUGUACAGAGAUGAAGAGACAAGAGGUAGCUAAAGGGGAAAAUGAGGUUAAAAAGAUUUUGAAAGCUGGGAGACACCAAAACAUGUUUGAUUGAAAGGGGAAGGACUAGUGGAGAAAGAUAAAAAAAGGUGCAGUAGAGACAAGAUAACCCAAAGAGCAAGGAGAUGGGAUUCAGAGCACACCUGGAAGGACUGGCUUGAUAGCAGCAGGAUUCUUCCUAUGUUGUAACAGGAAUACAGGAGCAAAUGG